AUUAUUCUGUAAUUAAUAUAAACAACAAUUUACAAAAGCUACUAGAUGUUUGAAAUUCGAAUGUCAUGAACUCCGUAUCGAUUCCUUCACCGGCCGCUAGAGCGCACUCACGUCUAUGGCCCACAGUCUACUAAAUAUGGCGGUCCGAUCAAUGAAGUUGUAGUUAGUGUGUAGUGAAAUCUAGUGUAAAAAAUUGCAAUGAUUGAAGUUUGUGUUGUUUUUGUGAGUGGUACAUACGAUUAAAUGGGCCAUGGGAAAGGGCCAGGAUUUAUUGAACGCGGCGCGAGCUGGCGACAAGUGGACCGUCGAGAAAAUAAUAGGAAUCCUCACCAAAAGGAGUGGUCCAUUUACGAACUUUAGAAAAUGCGGUCUCAAUGUGCAAGAUGACAAUGGAUACACUCCGCUUCACCAUGCAUGUUUAAAUGGUCACACAGAGGUAGUCCGACUUCUCCUAUCAGCUGGCGCGUCGCCGGCUGUUCUAGACAAAACGGGAGCUUCUCCCCUCCACCUGGCGGCGUGGAAGGGUGACUCAGCCAUUGUCACCAUGUUACUAGCUCACAACCCACCUGUAAAUAUAGAUUUAGUGACAGCGGACCUUGAAACGCCAUUAAUAAUGGCAGCACAGUAUGGUUCCGUGAAAGUCGUGGCUCAACUAGUGGAUAGGGGAGCUGACGUGUCUUUGCGAAACGUUAAAGACGAAUCAGCUCUGGACCUGGCUGCGCAAUAUGGCAGGUUGCCCACCGUGAAACAUUUGCUUGCUACACAUCCAACGUUGGUGCACCAAUAUAAGUACCCUAACUGGAGGGUACACAAAUUUUAUUCCACACCUCUUCAUAGAGCCGCCAAGAAUGGACAUGUGGAGGUAGUACAAGUCCUACUCGCAGCGGGAAUAGAUCCCAACAUACGCACAAACUCUGGUACCCCCCUUCACGAAGCCGCUUGCUUUGGCAAAGCUUCAGUAGUGAGAAUACUAUUAGAAGCAGGUGCAGACCUGAACGAAGUAGAUGGUAGAGACAAGACCGUGGAAGAACUACUUGCAGAUUAUUCAGAAGAGGCGACGAGGCGAGUCAGACGUGCAAUCAGAGAAUUUAAAAGUUCUUCGAGGAAAACCUACGAAAGUGAAGAAGAACCAAGACCAUACUCAAUACAAGACAGCAGUCCCACCAGCUACCCGUAUAUGCCCGGAAUGAAAGCCCCACAGACCCAGAAAAACAAUAAAAUAAAUCAUAGCCUAUUAACACCUUCUUCAUCUUUUGUAACAAAAAAUUCAUCCCAAAGUUUCGUUAAAAAGCUUGCUUCAAAAUGCUUGGGCCUCAAAGCAAAGUUUAACUCCGCUCCUAACAUAUCUAAUCAAGGGUUAGAGUCGAAUGUCGUUGGAAUGUUAAAACCUUCAGAUAAUAAACCAAAUGCACACGCAUUGCACAUCGGAAAUAGCAAAUUUUUUAAAAUACUCUCGAAGAAGGAGGAAUCAGGCGACAUACCCUGCAAUGACGAAUUUGAUACUAUUUCAUUAGAUAGAUUAGGUACGUUGAAUAGAGAUUCGACUGUUAAUAGAAGUAAUAGAAGCUGUCCAGGAUUUAAAACGUCUUUGCCAAAUAUUUCGGAAAAUAAUGAGCUCAGUGAUGAUGCAAUUGCCGAAAGUUUAGUAAAUGAAGACUCCGAUUAUGGCAGCAGCAAGAAAAAAAUGAAACCCUUGUCAGAAGCUAUAAACUACAAUACAAAGCAUAGGAUUUUUGAACCAAGAAAAAGAGAUAAUAGGAUCUCUGUAACUUCAAACGUUUCUUUAGAUUCGGCUAAUUUAGUAAAUGAAUGCUAUGAAUCUUAUGAGUUUACUUCAGAAAAUACGCCUGAUAUUAACUGCAGAGAAAAUAAACCUGCAUUAAGCCCAAAGCCAUCGCCACGCUCUAAUUUAGCAAAUACAUUUAAUAGUGAAAAUACGAUAUAUGAAAAUAUAAAACCAGAAAAAAAUUGCAUUAGUCGUCCAACUCCUGCCGCCAGAACCUACAUUCCAACAAAAUCAGUUAUCAAAGAACCAGAGAAAAAAGUAUUGUAUGAAAAUGUAUUAAUUCAACCUGAAUUAAAAGCUCCUGAACCACCCAAAAGAAGUUUUAUGGUAAAAGCAGAAUCAAAUAAUUCAUCAACUAACAAUAGUAGGACAUCUACUAUGUCUUCAGAUUCUAUGAUUGAUGAAUCUAACCUAGAAGACAUUCUGCUCUCAGAAAAAUCUAAAUCUUUUCGCCAUGGUCAAAAACUGGUGCAUAGAAAAGAAUCUAGUAAAUCUAGUAUUUACCGAACUCAUUCUAACGCCUCCGAGUUUUCGGAUACAACGGAAGUUAGUGCCAUAGAAAAUGUUGAUUGUAGUGCUGAAAUUGAUGAAAAGUCAAUAUAUGCAUCAAUGGUAGGAACACUGCCAAACAAAAAUUCCGAUAAGGUUAAGAAAAAAGUGCUAUUUAGGCACAAAACAUUUACAAAUAUUGAAAUCGAUAGAAACUCUAUUAAAAACUUCCCAAAACGGGACGAUUCAUUUCUAAAAGAUACUUUGGCGAGCUAUCAUAUACGUGGUACCGGACACUGUAUUUACAAGGCUCCUACUGUUCAAGAAUUUAUUUAUAUUUUUAAUAGAGACACACUUUAUAGUGACGUAGCACCUUUUACUAAAGUACCCAAUAAUAUGAGAGACAGCUACUUUGAAACGGCUAUAUGCUUCUGUCGACCAAGACCUCCUAAACAUCACACUAGUGCAGAAGACUUGUUAGAUAUUCAUAGCAAGGAAGAAGUGGAAGAAAAGGUAUCGAUAGACAUGGAUACCUUUGUUAAUAAAAUAGAAUUAGUUUCUUCUUCAUUUCGUUGUUUUUGUGAUUCGGAGACAUGUUCGCUGCACGCUAGUAGACGAGAAAUUCCAACGGAACUGGUCGUAAAAUUCUCAGCCAUAAAGAAAAGUAUUUCCACGCCUGACAUAACGUUAGAGAUUUCUCCUUCUUCGACAGUACAAAAAAGUGGUUUACAAAAAAACAAAUCUGUGCCUGCAAAUUUAGAAGAACCCUAUGCAGUAGUUAAUAUAAACGAAAUUGAGAAAAGAAAUAAGGCAAAUUGUAAUACAGAUAGUAAACUGAGAGGUUUAGAUAGUCCCACAUAUUACGUUCCAAUGUCACCACAUUCGUCUCUGACAUCAACUGGGCGACCUUACUCUAUUAAAGAUAUAUCUGAAGUAAUUUCCUUAGGUUCUAAUUCAACAUCGACUGGCGCUAACACAUCCUGUGCUUCUGAUACUUCGCUAUUACACAAAUCGAACUCGGAACACUCUGGCCAUUGGUCAUUACAAUCAUGUAACUCUAACAUCACAAUGGCUUCCGAUAUAUCAUUUAAAACUUGUUUGGAAGAAUCAUCGUCAGAUGAAUCGGAUACCACAGUGCAUUCCGACGACGACAUUUCCGACGCGGAGACGGUUAAAUCUGACGUUAGCACGACCAAACGCCCGUGGAUACAAAGCAGUUCCUUUAGAUUUGCAAAUCGUUCGGGGAACGAGACUGAAGACGCUAGUGUAAUUGAAGAGGAAUAUGGUUCUACUAAAUUUGAAUCUUCAUCCUCUAAAUUCGAGAGUGGAAUAAGCGUAGAUUCGGAGAGUUCGUCGUCGGAUUGUGGUGGAGACAGCGGUGUUCCGGGAGAGGGUUGUGACGUGUCGCUUGAUGCUUCGCUUGAGCGUGGUUCGGGGGUGGUCGGGGGUGUUCGCAGCGGGUCGGGGCGGCGGCGGUGGGACGAGGCUGAAGGCACGAGUGAGGGUGACGCGCUCAGCAUCUCGAGCGCGACGUCAAGCUGUGCGCCGCUGCACUUAGCGCAUCAACAUGAAUAUAGCAAGGUUUCGCCCACCCCUCCCAAGAAGCCUCCCAGGAGAAAUCUGUCAGUGUCCCCAACCCACGUCAAUUCUCCAUCCUCCGGCUACAGUUAUGAGCUGAGAGCUCAUGCUCGGAGUCAGGAUGACCUGGACGAAAUACAGGAUUCUAAGCAUUACCUUAAACACGGCCGCUCCGUGGACCAAUACGUCGAUAGUAAACUCUCUUAUUCAGAAUACGAAGAGAAUCACAAUUCGCCCAGAGCUAUACCAGUGCCAAACCCUCGACCGAGUUUGAAGAACCGCACUCAACCCGUAGCCAUCACGGCUAUGUACGAAAAUGUCGUCAUAAAAGAACAGAAUCCUCGUAGAAAGUUGAGAAGGAACACAUUCGGUCCCCAACACGAGAAUUUCGAAGCCAGAAUGGCCGACAAGAGAGUCAGAAAGUACUCGAACCAAGAGAGGUCUUCCAUGGAAAGUUUGCUAGACGAUCAGUCGAUGAAUAGUCCAAGCGAAUGUGAGCGGUACUCUUCAGGGUCCAGGGUAGACAUUCCUUUGUCGCCAACGCACUACGAACAGCCCCCAACACCAGAUCAUCCGCCUCCUUCUGCGAAGCAAGCGGAAAACAGCAUACACGAAAGAAUCAGGCCGUUGAGUCAGGAGUACAAGCGGAGAUCCAUGGUGCGCGACAGCCAAACGGAGACUGAGGUUUGUUUGCUGCGCGCGCCGUCUGCAGUGUCUGUCGCCAGUGGCGCCACCGACCGCAGUGGCAACACUGACAACUGCGUGGAGGAGUACGUGUGCGAUGUCCCUUUUGCGGGCCUCUUCAAAGGCUCUACUACCACUCUCGACGGUAUCGGUCUCCGGCCAAUGCCAGCCGAGAGGCCGAAGACGUUACGAAAACUUAAAUCAGUUUACGACGCGUCUCCGACAGAACCGGCAAAAGUGAACAGUAGUAACAUAAGCAGCAAUGGAACGAAUACAGAAAGAACGAACGGGGUCGAAGAAGAAGUUAGGAGAAGAAGUAACACGACCAGUUCGACGCAGAGCGGGGAUAAGUCGCUGUCAAUACUUAGUCCUUUUGAUGAACAGGAGGAGUGGGCUAAAAUCUCCGAGAUAAUGGCCUCAUUCGGCAGCAAACUUGUCCGGGAAUCAGUUUUCGUCUCGGAAUUGGAGCAGGAGUUCACUUCAAGACUCGGUCUCAGCUGUUCUGAGUCCAGCCUUAAUCAUUCGGUAGCUUCAAGUUUAGGACUCUGGCUAUCAGGACUUGGAAUGCACGAUUAUGAAUCUCUCUUCGUGGAGAGCGGUUUCGAUGACAUCGAUUUUAUUAACGGUAUCUUAAACGAAGUUGAUCUACGAGAAAUGGGAAUAGAAGAAAACGAUAGACAAAAAUUAUUGGAGUCGGCGAAACAUUUACCUCUUAAAAUAGCAGAAAUAAGCAAUAACCAUAACAAUAAUAAUAUAAGUAAAAACCAAAACGAGUCAGUAGAUGAUUGGUUAAGAACAAUAAACCUAGAACAAUAUAGUGAUACGUUUAGAAGACAUUUAUAUAUAGAUAUGGAUAGAGUAAGAAGAAUAUGGGAGGUCGAGUUGACUGCAGUUUUAGAAAUUAAUAAAGCCGGGCACAGAAAGAGAAUACUUUGUUCGGUUUCCGGUGAACAGAAUGGUCCUGCGAAUAACAUUGAAGAUAUUAAUGCUGAUCUCAAUAAUCUGAAAAGCAAUAUCCAACAAUUGAAGGAAGAAAUCAAAGAAAAAUUACCACCGUCUGAAAAUCUGAAACCCGUUCCACCACCCGUCGUUCCAACGCUCGCGCCUCCUGGAGGCGAGACCCUGAAACGUAGUAAGAAAAACAGACCAGCUCCUCAGCCACCUAGACCCUCAGAUCUGGAGAUCAGGGCGCCGUCGGAGCUACUUGUAGGAGUACCUGGGGCUCUGAAGACGCAGUGGAAGCAUCAGCCUUUCGUACUGGUUACCGGUGCUGUAACUUAUGUUGCUAACUAUCUAGGAUCAACGGUUGUGAAAGAACUUCGAGGGACAGAAUCUACGAAGAAAUCGAUUCAGAAGUUGAAGAAAUCUGCCAAAGAACCACGAGACUCUCCUGAUAUAAUCCUUUCUAUAAGCUACCGAGGCGUCAAGUUCCUAAAUACUAUCACUAGGGAGUUAGUCUGCGAGCAUGAAAUUCGAAACAUCCACUGCGCGUGCCAAGAUGCAGAUGACCUCACACACUUUGCGUACAUCACGAAGGACCAUACAACCAAAAGCCAUUAUUGUCAUGUCUUCAGGGUUGCUACUAUGGAUCAAGCGACAGAAGUUAUUCUCACACUGGGAGAAGCCUUCGAAGUUGCUUAUCAAAUGGCGUUACGAGAACAAGCGAACAGAGUCCGCGUCCCUCUAACCGUAGCUAAGACACCCACACACGAACCCAUAACCGCAAGCAAUAAAGAGAAACCUAAUGUCAACCAUGGCAGAUCACAUUCCAUAACAGAGAUCAAAUUAAAUGGUCACCAGUUGAAAAUCGCCCCUAUUCCAGCCUCGUUAUCUAAUGAAGAUUUCCAGUCUUCCAAGAACUCUGACGGUUCUAAAAGCCCCAGGACACCGCUCCUCAAAGCUCCGAUAGCUUCUACUGAAGAAUUGUGAAAGCAAAGGUAACGUUCACUGAAUUUUGUUGGACUGCUAUUGAAAAAUAUUUAAAAUAAAACAGAAACAAAAGUUUCGUUUGCGCAUUUAUUUUCUAAUGCUGGUCUUAUCAACUGAUAUAUCGACAUAAAUAGGAUUAGAAUGUUUCAAUGUGUUGGUGAAAUAAUACGCGUAUUUCUACUUUGUAGGAAAAUGUUUAUGAUAUAACAAUAAGUUAUUAGAUGUUAUAGCAAAAAUACUUCUAAAAAUUCGUGCUUUGUUGUAACUAAAUAUUUCAAAUAACUAUUGGUGAAUCUUUUUAUAUAGUGUGUAAUAAAAUGGAUAAGCAUAAAAUUGAUUGCAUAAUAAUAGUUAAAUAUUUAGCUGGUGUAUCUUGUGAAAUUAAAGCUUUCAUUUUCGAAAUACAAAAUGAAAAAUCAGUUAAAUAUUCAUUAGUUAUUAUUUUUUCUCAAAAAUGUUAAAUAUUUGAUAUAAACUAAUACAGUAAAAAGAUACAAUUAUCAAUAUCUUAAAUAAUGACAAUGCAAUAAUAUGUUAUUCAGAGCAUUAUUGAACAGUGAUCUGUUGAUAGUAAAAACUAAAGAGUGGCAUAAUUCCAUAAAAAUAUAUUAUUAUUUAAACAAGGAAUAUUUAAAGAUUUUCGUCGUCUUGCUUUUAAUUGUUUAGCUAUCAAUGUGUAAUUAAAAUUAAUAUGAUAAAUAUCUCAGGCCUAAAAAAAUGACUAAAGAAGAUUACUUGUCUUCCGAAACUAAAUCACUGUGAAUUUAGGUGUUGAACUAAGUUUUAAAUUAAGAACGUGUUGCUGAGAUACUGUGAUUAUUGAAAAAAUCACUUAUACUACCAAUAAUAGUGAGCCAAUAAAUGUUUAAAAAAUAAGAAAAUUUUAGUGUUUCGGUGUUGUAAUUCUUGUAGAAAAAAGUGAAAUAAUAUGAUAGUGACACAUUGUUUAAACUGUUAUAAUUUGAUAGGUCUAAAAGAGUCAUCUUUUUCUGAUACGAAAUAGUGAGGGGAAAAAUUUAAGUUUCAAUAAGUAAGGGAUAAUAUGUUCUAUGUUUAAAGAUGUACAUUUUUAGCUUCGUCAAUUCAGUGAGUGUUGCGUCUGAUGUAUUUAUACGAAAAACGUUACAAAUAAUGAAAUUUUGACACUGCUUUUAAGAACCGUAACCUUGUUUACAUUUUUUAAAUUUUUUACUAUAGUUAGGUAAAUGGGGACUUUACUAUGGAAUAGUAAAAUUCUAGCGGCUGUUAUAUUUAUAGUAGUUUUAUUGUAUAUUUUUGUUUUAAAAGAAGGUACGCUUCGAUAUAUUUCUAGACAAGGAAUUGGUUCAUUUAUUGCAGUUAUUUUGAUGUAUUUUUUUUAUUAAAAGUACCUAAAUAUUGUAAUUAUUAUGUUAUAGGUAAAUGUACACUGAAGAUUCGUGUCGAAUAUGUAACUGCUAGUUCAAGCCAAAAACCUCUGAAUAGCAAGUAUAGUGUAGAGACAUAUUCAAUCACUAUGACAUUUAUAACAUUUCACUGACAAAAUCACGGGCAUACACUAGUAUUUUAAUAAUGGUAUUAUUAGGAAAUAUUUAAAUUAAGGCGUUCUAUAAAAUAAACCCAGUUACUUUUGGCUUUGUUGUAAAAUUAUUGGUUAACAAUAUUGGCCGAAUAUUAGAAUAUUAUAGUCAUAAUAUAAUAUUGGCCUAAUAUUAUAGUCUGUAUAAAAUAUCGUAUUAUACGUUACCAUUAUAUCAAUGUCGUAUUGUUGUAUGUAGGUUUAUUAAAGAAUGCCUAGAGCGUAAAUACAAUGAGUUGUUAAUAUGACCACAUCUUAUGACCAUGAAUUGUUCGUUUAACGUAUAGUACAUAAAACAUAUCAUACCAUUGUUAUAUUAAUAUUCAAUAAUAAUAACGACCAUAUUAAAAAAAAAAACUCCGUUUUAUCUGGAGAUUCUAUAUAAUACCUAUAAAUAUUUUAAUAGGAGUACCACGAAUAAUAUUUGCUAGUAUGUUAUUCCUUUAAUUCCUAAAAUCAAUCUUUGUACGGAUAUCGGAUAGUAAUUUUUAACACAAUAACUCGUACAGCAAAUUGUUAAAAUCGUUUAGCUAUUUCAUUAGGUACUAUCCGUGCUUUUCGUUAUUGCAGUAAUAGGCGCUUCUCAUGUGAUGAUUUUUUUGUUGUUUGUACUUCUUUAAGACGUACUCAUGUUAUUUUACUCAUUAAAAUAAUAAUACUGAAAGCUGAUGUUCGUUGCGUACAUUGUCUUAAUGACAAAAACAACGUUUUGCACACACGUAUAAUUAUUGUUUGUAUGAGUUAUAUUGAAGCACUAGUGAUGUUUUUAUUAUAAAUAUCAAUGAGUCUAGAUUGAAAAAAAAUGCAGAUUAAGUAAGUAUAUCAAGGCUUAGUUGGACGGUUCAUUUAAAGUAUAAUUUUUUUAAUGUCAGAUGCUGAAUGAUUAUAAGAUGAAUUUAAAUAGACAUUUAAUUUACAGUUUUCAUAUCAGUAUCAUCAAACGGUCAUUAGAAAUGAGACUAAUUAUUAUGAAUCGCCGAAUUGAGCACGUUAUGCUUUUUAAAUUGUACACACGCGCCAAAAUUGCUCUCAUCCGUUUAAAAUUUGCUCAAAAAAUAAAAAUGUUUUCAAAAUUGUAAUUCUGUUAAUUAAAUUGUUAUCUAGGAGUAUAUUUUUGCUUUUUAUAUUUUUAAUUCUGUGAAUAAAGUCUGAAUUUAGUUGGAAUUUUUGUAAUCCAUGUGAUAAGAGUAAAACAAUAUUCGAAUGACUUUGUUCUUUUAUUAAAGUUCUUUGUCCUUCUGCUUAUAUUAUAUUUAAAUUAUAUGUAGCACAGCUUUUAUAUGUAAUAAUAAUGUUGAA